UGUACUCAGCCUUCUCACUGCCCCCAUGUGGCAGGACUGCAUUUGUUCUGGAGUAGACAGACCAGUGAGCCUCUGCUCUCCGGUUCUGCCAGCCUUGGCCCUGGCAAUCAUCACACUAGUGCCCCCUCCCCUCUCCUCCCUGGGCCCCGCCUCCUGCCUCUGACUCAGCCCCACAGCCCUGGACACAGUCAGUACACACAGCCCAGAGGCUCAGCUCAAAGAGAAACAAAAGGAACUGCCUGGUUCUCAUGGCUAUGGCCAGCACCUUCAUACCGGGGCUGAACCCUCAGAACCCUCAUUAUAUCCCAGGGUACACGGGACACUGCCCACUACUUCGGUUCAGCAUGGGCCAGACCUAUGGGCAGAUGACUGGUCAACUACUUCGAGGCUCUCCUGGCCUAGCCUGGCCCCCUGCCCACCGCACACUUCUGCCUCCUAUUCGGCCUCCAAGAUCUCCCGAGGUUCCCAGGAGAAGCCUGCCUGUCAGGCGUGGGCAUGAAAGGCUCAGCUCCAGCAUGGUCCCUGGGUACACAGGUUUUGUACCCCAGGCACAGUUCAUCUUUGCCAAGAACUGCAGCCAGGUUUGGGCUGAAGCUCUGAACGAUUUUGCUCAGUGGUAUGCAGGAAAAGGGAAUCAGGAGCUGCCAAAGGAAACCAAGGGAGAAAAAGACGUGGAGAAAGACCAAGAGCCAAAUUCGGAGCCAGAGCUGGAGGCAAAGGACCCAGAACCAGGGCAGGAGGUGGAACAAGCUUCCCCUUAUUCCAUGGAUGACAGAGAUCCUCGCAAGUUCUUCAUGUCAGGCUUCACUGGUUAUGUGCCCCGUGCUCGCUUCCUCUUCGGCUCCAGCUUUCCUGUGCUUAGCAACCAGGCACUGCAGGAAUUUGAACAGAUGAAGUCACCGGGCAGAUCCCAGAAGGAUCCUAAACAUCUCCCACCACUUUCCAGGACCUACUCUCAGAAUCUGGGCCUUUUACCUAAAUAUGGAGGCUACGUGCCAGGGUAUAAGUUCCAGUUCGGCCGCACAUAUGGGCAUCUCACCCAUGAUGCUCUGGGUCUCAGCACCCUCCAGAAGCAGCUCCUGACAUAGGUACCUGGACUUCAAGUUCUCUCUUCCCUUUUCAUCCUCUCAGCUAUCCUUUCAGAAGGAAGAAAGGUGGGCUGGAGGGUGGGAGGAGGCACAAAAAGAAAAUGGUUUGGAGGCCGAGCACCUUUUUUAUUAAUAGGUGUAAUAAAUAAAUAAAUAAAUACAUAAACAGAAA